AUGACACUGGCAGGAGAUCGAUUUGUUAGGCGGCGCUUUGCGAGACGUGAAACUCGACUGCGAUAUCAAUUGGCUGCGAGUGGGUGGGCGGCUUUCGAUUAUGGCUCGGUAGGACUGCGGACGGCAUCAACCGAGAUCCGGCUGCUAGAUCUCUACCCCUCACAGGGUUUGGUAGAUAGCCGUCUGAUGGGCCGUCUGUACUCAACCUCCGUCGAGAGCCCAUCACCGUAUACUGCUCUUUCAUAUGUUUGGGGCUUAGGCGACAAAACUCAAUCGAUUUGCGUGCCCAGCGUAGAUCAAGAUGGCGGGGCUAGCAUCGCCAUCACUAAGUCACUGGAAACAGCACUGCGACAUUUCCGCAAGCCGGAUGCGGUGAUAACGCUAUGGAUUGACCAGAUCUGUAUCAACCAGGCAGACAAUAAAGAAAAAGGUCAGCAGGUCGCCAUGAUGAGGAGCAUCUACUCGUCUGCGACACAAGUGCUAGUAUGGCUUGGUCCAGCUCAAGAUGGCUCAGAGGAAUUGAUGGAAGCAUGGCAAGUCAUUGGCCAAAAAGCUCGAGACUUUGGACUGGAGAGCUACAUGAACCCGCAGAGUUACUACCUCAUAUCAGCAUUGGGAAGAAGCAAGGACCCUUCUGAUGAGACUGCUUUGCGCUUCCAAAGUUUAUUAGCUAGUACCGUUGAGGCCUUUGCUCCUUUGCUGAAGGAAAUGGCCCUGAAGAAGUGGUUCGAGAGACCGUACUUUUUACGAGUCUGGAUCAUCCAGGAGUUUUGUUUGUGUCCCGAUACCAUCUUCGUGUGCGGUUCCAAGACGAUACCAGUGGAUUUCGUCAAACUGGGGGUACUACUGCUUCAAACCGCGAUAGGCAACAUGCCCCAAGGCGACUACGAGCAGCUUCAACCGCCUGAGAUGCCUCUGGAGCGACUGUCCGAAGUGUCUUCUGAACCAACAGCACGGCUGUUUGCCUGUCGUUCACGUCAUCAGAAGCAUAAAGACGACGAGCUGUACAUGUUGUUGCGCAGAUUAUUCGUUGAGCUUGAGACAAAUGCGACAGUGCAUUGUGACCGCAUCUUUGCCCUUCUUGGCCUCGCUGCGGACGCAGAGAAGCUUGGCAUAGAGCCGGACUAUGAAGAAAGCACCGAACGUAUCUUGACGCAGACGGCACGCACGUUGAUUGAGAAGAGUGGUCGUGUGGACCUGCUGUGCUACUCUCAGUUUCCGAAACUUGAUGAGCUUUCACACCUACCGUCGUGGGUUCCUGAUUGGCGAUCCAACCUAAGCCGUUCGUUCUAUACCAUCAACGAGCGCAUAGAUAAGCACCUAUUCGCCGCGGCAGGUCAGGAUAGCGUUUUUGAGGUCGUCCAACACCCGAAUGACAACCCGGAUAUUCUGGGACUUCGAGGCUAUACUGUUGAUGUGAUCGAGGAAGUUACCGAAGGUGGUGGCUGGACGGACAUGAGUUGGGAUUAUGAGAGAUACCUUGGCUAUAUGGCCCAGAUAGACGAGCUAUGGCAGAGGUCCAUGGAGAAAACCCACAGUGAAGGAACCCAACUUCGAAGAGAAGAGGCUCGGUGGCGUGUGCCUAUUGGAGACAUCUACUGGACCUGGGAAGGGGACCAGCAAAGAGCGAAAGCGGAGGUAGCAAGGUUCCACGAGCAGUUCCUGCAAGAACUCAAGCUUUUCGACGACAUGACCAGACUGGCAGCUACAGGAGAAGAUAUUUCAGAGAGGUACCUGCAAUGGGAGGAGAAACAUCGAGGCGCAGAUACCAAGCAUAACUAUCGUGAGAGUAUGAGAAAGAUGCAAGGAAAGAGGCCAUUUCUGACAAAAAUGGGAUAUCUUGGUAUGGGCCCUCUGGAUACCAAAUCCGGUGAUGUCAUUGCCGUCUUUUGCGGUGGGCGCAUUCCCUUCAUACUCCAUUCGGUAAAAGAGACGGGUGAACUUGGUGUGUUUUCUUAUAUCGGUGAGGCAUACUGCGAUAGUGUCAUGGAUGGUGAAGUUACUAGCAAGGAGAAACAGACUUUCUGGAUUAUUUGA